CUUCUUCCUCCUUCCAGAAGCAUCAUGCGAGCACUGUUGGAGGUCGUUCAGUUCCUCCAUUCCAAGAACAUCGUGCACCGUGAUCUUAAACCAGAGAACAUACUUCUCGAUGAUGACAUGAAGGUUAAGCUGUCUGACUUUGGGUUUGCCCUACAACUGGCCUCUGGAGAAAAGUUACAAGUCUUGAAGAUUAAGUCACAUGGGAUCCAGCCAUCGGGAAGAAGGUGGAGCUGUGGGGUGAUCAUGUACAUGCUGCUCAGCGGCUCCCCACCAUUCUGGCACAGGAAGCAGAUGCUGAUGCUCAGGAUGAUCAUGGAGGGAAAUUAUAACUUCAAGUCCCCGGAAUGGCAAGACCGGUCCGACACUGUAAAAGACUUGAUAUCUCAGCUGUUGGUGGUCAAACCCGAGGAGCGAUACACGGCAGACCAGGCGUUGGCCCACCUGUUCUUCCAGCAGUACCUGGUGGAGGAGACCAUCAUCUGGACUGUUCUGGCCUCCGUUCGCAUUUAUAACAAGUACCGACGUGCGAAGCCUCCCAGCAAACAAGUGCUCAUCCGCGAUCCCUACGCUUUUAAGGGAGUUCGUAAAAUUAUCGAUGGCUGUGCUUUCAAAGUGUACGGACAUUGGGUGAAGAAGGGUUUGCAACAGAAUCGAGCAGCUUUGUUUGAGAAUUCUCCAAAAGCCGUCCUGUUCUCCCUGAGAGAGGCCACAGCCCAGCUGGCAUGAAUCCACCCUCCCUGUGGUCAAUGAUGUUAGUUGGUAAAAAUGCAGCACGAGUCUGGCACCGAGCCUUGCCCUGCAUGCUGCUUCUAUUUGUCUUUCUGCUAAGGUGUGCAAUGAGGGUGUAACCUUAUGAAUGCAACUUGCUAAUGUAAACUUAGAGAAGCCGGGUGGUGGUUCAGAUCCCAAGCGGUUCUGCAGUAAGUGCUGAGAAACAUUGGCAUCGGUGUGAUUUGGUAACUUCACACUGGUUUAUAGUCGACCCCUUCCCUCUGCCUGCUGCCCCUGCUUGGCUCACACUGAUGGCUGUGACAUGUCAACCUUGUCUAUCAACAGCUCUCUCUCCUCCUCCUCGUUGAUCUUUUUCACCAUGCACACCAUCACAAGAACCUCCGUGCUGACCACCAUCGCUUGGACCUCCAGUCUCAUCUUGAGCACCAUCCCUCAGACCCCACCCCAAUCUUGAGCACCCGUCACAUGGCCCUCCAGCUUGACCAUCAUCAUUUGGACCCAGAUCCUGACCCCCACCCUCACCCUGAACACCCAUUACACAAACCCCACCAUCACAAGGAAAUCCACCCUGACCUUGACCACCAUCACGCGGAUCCAGAUCCUCACCAUCACACAGACCCCCACCCUCACCCUGAACACCCAUUGCAUGGUCCCUGUCCCCACUCUCACCUUGAAUACCAUCACAAGGAACCCCACCCAUAACGCAAUCUCCAUCACAAGGAUCCCUUUCCUCACACUGCCCACGAUCCCUGCUCUCGCCCUGAGCACCCAACCAACAAUCUCCAGCCCUACCUGCAUUUUGGCACUGGGCCACAUACCGAUGGAGACAUGGGAAUCUUUGGUGCAGAACAAAGACAUCGUGCUGAAGAAAAUACUGAAGCAUUUGUCACCAUGUUCAGCCAAAAGUGAUCCAUCUUGGCUUCACCCUAAGAUCUCACCGUCACGGAUCCCAUUCUCCUGCCAGUUUUACUCGCUGCACAUGAUUGGGAUUCAACUGAGAGCUCUGGAUGUAGCAAAGUCUGCGGGAUCAGUCAACGUUCCCAUCGUUGUAAUGAAGACCUGUGAUCCACUAACAAUAGUGUCUGCAGAUAAGCUGCUCCAGCACCGUUGCAACAUCUAUCUAACACUGGGGGAAACUAGCCCAAUAUGUCCUCUUCACCAAAACAGGACAAACCCAGUCCAACUAAUUAUCACCCAAUCAUUCUGCUCUCAAUAACGUGACUGAAGGUAUCAUCAACAGUGUGAUCCAUUGGCACUUGCUCUCCAAUGCCAUUCUACUCUAGAACCCUGAACUACAAGAAUCAGAAGUGGUGGGGGGGGGGGGGGUAAUUACAAUUUUAAGGGGCACAGGGAGAGAGAGAUUGAGGCUUACAUGUGUACAGGUCAUUGAGCGGGUAGGUCAAGAGAGCCAUCGCAAAAAGACACAAAAUCCCGGGCUCUAUAAAGAGAGGCACAGAAUGCAAAAGCAAGGCAGUCAUGAAGAACUUCUAUCAAACUAAUUCAGCCACAACUGGAGUAUUGUGUCCAGUUGUGUGUGCCACACUUCUAGAAAUAUGGCUUUGGAGAAGGUGGAGAAGUAAUUUAAUAAAAUGACUCCAGGGGUGAGGAAUUUCAGUUGUGUGGAAAGGCUAGAGAAGCUAGGAUUGUUCAUCUUGAACAGAGGAGGUUGUGGGGGGAAUGUGAAAUAAUUGGAAGUAUGGACUAUGUAGAUAGACUGUUCCCAUUGUUGAGGGGAGGUAGGCAAAAAAA